GAAAACAAGAGAGACACUUACAUAACCAAUUAACAAACACUCUAUUGAGUAUAUUCUUUCCCUAAAUUUGAAAAAGCCAUUGAUUUGUAGUAUUGCUUUUACUUUGCUAUUAUAAUUUGUAGAUUCGCACCCUUUUGACUCCUAAUAGUUCAACACUUGGCAAGCUAAUCUUGCUCACAGCUUUAAUAAAGGUGGUUGUGCGAAACAAUUGAAACACAGAAUUAUUUUAUGUAUUUUACAUAAUAUUUCUAAAUCGAUUUUGUCAUUCUUUCUAACCUUUUCUUUCCUCGUCUUUUGAGAGGGCACUACGAUGUUUCUGACUACUCCCAGAAUUUAUUCUUCUUUGAUUCCUUCAAGAUGCCAAUCGAUAUAUGUAUUGUUAAAUAAAAGAAAGUCCUUAUAUUCUUUUACUGUUCGGCAAACCUCUGCGUAUAGUUCUUUUAGUGAAUCUAAUCAAGACAAAAUCAAGCAAUUACCAACAGUGAAAAAACCACUAUUUUCACAAUUAUCUCAAAGAAUAAAUGCGUAUGCUCACUUGUCACGUGCCUUUAAUCCGACUGGAACAUUUUUGCUGUAUAGUCCGUGUACAUGGUCAAUUUUAAUGGGCGCUUACUCUGUUAAUAGCAACUUGUUCGAUGUAUUCAAAAUUCUUGCACUUUUCGGGGCUGGUUCCUUCUUAAUGAGAAGUGCUGGAUGUGUUGUUAAUGAUCUUUGGGAUCGAAAUCUGGAUGCUAAGGUAGAACGUAGCAAAUCCAGACCAUUAGCUAACAAGCUGGUUAGCGUCCGUGAAGCUGUAUCAGUUUUAGGUGUUCAAUUGACUGCAAGCCUUGGAAUUCUUCUACAGCUUAAUCCUUAUACAAUUAAACUGGGUAUUGCGUCUCUCCUCCCUGUUUGCAUCUACCCUGCUAUGAAGCGGGUAACUUAUUAUCCACAAGUCGUCCUUGGCUUAACAUUCGGAUAUGGUGCCGUCAUGGGUUGGCCUGCUUUAGUAGGUGAAGCCUUAAUGAAUUGGUCGGUCGUUGCUCCUCUAUAUCUAAGUACAGUAUCGUGGAUUGUCUUGUACGAUACUAUAUAUGCGCACCAAGAUAAACGUGAUGAUGUGAAAGCUAAUAUUUACUCUAUGGCUCUCCGUUAUGGUGAUAAUACCAAACCACUUUUAACUGGCCUUGCUCUUUUUCAAUUGAGUAUGUUGACAACUGCCGGUAUAUUUAACAAUCAAGGGCCCUUGUUCUAUACUAUUGGCGUUGCUGGAACUGCUUAUCGUGUGUUUUCCAUGAUAUAUAAAGUAGACCUGAACUCCCCGAAGGAUUGCUUUAGCUGGUUUAAGACAAAUUCCAAUACAGGUUAUUUAGUAACUGCUGCUAUCGCUUUGGACUGGCUUGCCAAAGCUUAUACUUCUUAAUUACAUACGAGGUAUUUAAUAAAAAACCGCUUAUUUAGAUCAUGAAUGUCUGUUAUAAAAUUUCGCAUUUUCUCAAAACUCUUCAUAGCAGUGUGCCAUAAGAAUUACCUUUUAUUGAAGUACGCGAUACCAUUAUAAUACUCCUUAAUGAGGGAUUCUUAAAUCACCUACAAUUACUAACGCUAUUCUCGCAACAUCCAACAUAAAUUCAUAUCUAAUCCAAAAUUUCAGUCCUACAUAAACAGAUCAGAUAAUACCAAAAACCUUUUUGAGUUGAAUGAUCAAUUGCCAUUCAUCUCUGUGAACCUCAUUUCGGAAAGCAGGAUCCUUCAAAGCAUCAAUACUUUCACGAGUAAUAUGUGAAUACAAGGUAUCAGAUUCUGUUACGUGACGGCCAAACAGUAUUUGUGAACCACCGCCAGCUUCCAGCUUCAUGGCGACACCACCACCAGCUUGACCCUUCUUAACUCUUUCAACAGGUUUGUGGUUCAUUUCAAGACUGACAACACGUCCCAAUUCAAUUACUUGAGGCUCUUCACCGGGGGCACCUUUAACUGAAACAAUAGGUGUACCUUUGCGCAAGACACCCUCGACUACAUCAACACCCAAAAUAAUAGGAUCCCGCUUGUUGAACGCAGCAAUAGUAUUCAACACGCAAGGGAAAACAGCAACAUCGGAAUUUUCCUCACGCUUCUGAUCCAUAAUUUUGUUUUGAUGAGCAGUGAAAGCAUCGAAAAGAUGAUAAAUUACAUUAGCAGAGAAAACCUUAAUGCCCAAUUGGUCAGCCAAGAGUUCAGCAUCAUGAUCUACUUUAACAUCAAAGCAAAGAAGUAAAGCAUACUCUUUAGCCUUUUCUACCAUGGUAGCACACUUCAUAAUAUCUUUUUUGUAAACCGGUCCAAUAUUGACUGAUGCGACGGGAAUCUUCAUCUGUCUCAAAAAUUCAAGUAAUGCCUCUAAAGAACCCAAAGUAGACGCUUGGACAGAAACACCAACGCCUGAAGUAUCUAUACUUCCCAAUAAGUCUUCGAGGUCUCCCAUAAGCUCAUCAGCCAAGUCUUCUUCAUCAUCCUCAGGUCCAGCAACCAGCAAACGGGAACCAGCAACAGCCUUAUCAAGGUCAUUAGCACAAAUCUUUACACCCAUUGCAGCUCUAAUUUCUUUAUGAUGCACAUAUGCCGAUUUGACACGCAUUUCUUUCAUAGGUUGGGGAGUUAAAAGAGCACGAACAGUUGUAAUAAUAGGGCCUCCCAUACCACAAAGUACUAUUCGGUCACCUUCUCGCAAUACACCAUUUGACAGAAUGACAUCAAUCGUGGCACCCAAACCCUCAAUGACUUUAACUUCUAAAACUGUACAUUCAAGAGUCGAAAUAUACUUAAUGCGUUCGGACAUACGAGUUUGAGUCAAAGCAACCAAAAGGGCGACUAAAUCAGGAACACCUUCACCUGAUUGAGCAGAAGUUGGAACGAGUGAAACGUAACUACCCAUCUUCUUAUUUUCGAAAUAUAGGGCAGCAUUGAGUCCUUGUUCGUUAAGCUGCAAAAUAAUACUGUCAACUCGAUCCCUAAACUCACGCUGAAUAGCCUUCUUUUGCUUAGACAAACUGUCUUGAAAUCCGUUUUCUUUAAUCGAAUGCCAACCGUAAAGACGGUCAACCUUGUUUAAGGCGACAACAAAAGGUGUUUUAUUAUCUCGCAAAAGACGGAUGGAUUCCAUAGUCUGAGGCUCUAAACCGUGCAUAAUAUCGAUAACAAGAAUAGCAAUGUUACAAAGAGAAGUACCACGUGAACGAAGAUUGGUAAAAGAUUCGUGACCAGGUGUAUCAAUAAUCAAUAAACCAGGGAUGUUAAACUCCAACUUACCCUUUUUAUUAACGGCGGCAGUCUUUUGCUUAAUUGAUUCAAUAGGGAAGUAAGUAGCACCAAUCUGUUGAGUAAUACCACCCGCUUCUCCUUCUUGUACAUGACUGCGACGCAAGUUAUCCAAUAAUUUAGUUUUACCAGUAUCAACGUGUCCAAGAAUACAGCAAAUAGGAGAGCGAAGAUUGUUGACAGGUUCAGAUUCAACUGGAGCAGCUUCAGGGAAUUCAGAGCUAUCUUGUUGAGCAACCGAUUUUUUGUUGUCCUCGGUAGGUUGUUCUUUAACCUCUUCAUGGGUAGGUUCAGGCUCAGGCUCUGACUUUUGCUCUGGUUCUGGUUGUUCCAAAGCGGCUUCCCAGUCGUCAAAGACAGCAUCAUCUUCUUCCUUCUUUUCUUUCUCGGUUUCUUCCACAGGUUUAGACUCUUCAGGACGAGCAGGAGAUUCUGGAACGGAAGCAGCGGGCUCAAUUAUGCCAGACGAAGAUAAAGAGGAUGUUCCACUCUUAUUGGACUUCUUUUUAUUGUUGUAAACAGGCUUCGACUUCUUUGUUUUCUCGGAAAGACCAGAGACUUGAACGCCUGAAUCCAACAUUUGUUGUAAACGACGUUGAGCUUGAGCUUGUUGCUCUUUUUGCUUUUUGGAAAUGUACUUUCCUUGAGCCUUGAGCUCUUCUUUCUUCUUCCUAUCUUUUUCUUUCUUCUUUUCUUUAGCCUCUUCCUUUUGGCGUUCUUCCUCUUCGGCCAAACGUUUUUCUUCCUCUGCCAAUCGCUCUUCCUCUUCUAUUUGUCUGCGUUCUUCUUCUUCUUGGGCUUUCUUUUCUUCGAGCAUCUUUUGAAGAGCAGCAACAUUGGGUCCUUUACGCUUCCCUUGUUUGCCCUUUGCUGAAUCAGAUUCCGAAACAGCAGCUGGUUUGGAAAAUUCUUCUUCAGAGGGCGUUUGUGGUACUUCUUUUGAAGAAGGUUGUUUUUUACCCUGUUGUUUCUUCUUCAACUUUUCACGCUCUUUUUUUUCACGUUCCUUCUCCUUUUUAGACUUUAUAUGAACAGAGGGAGCAGCAACAGGAGCCUGUUCUUCUUCUUCUUCUUCUUCAACAACCUGCUGUUUCUUGUUCUUCUUCCCCUUCUUGGGCUUUUCGUAUGCAAAUUCAUCAUCGUCUAAUUCAGUAACAGCUGUCAAUUCAACAGGACCGCUAGGAACUUGUUCCUCGUCAACGGGCUCUUCUUCUUCAAGUGCUUGUUCUUCCUGAUUCUUUUUGCCCUUCUUCUUCUUUGACUUUUUGUUUGAGGAAGCGUUGAAAUCCUCGACUUCUUUCAAUUCGUCUGUUUCGUUGAUUUCCUCGCCAUUUUGAGCAGAAAAUUCAUUUUGACCACUUAUAUCCUGUCCUAGUUCAUCUUCCCAGUCGGCGUACGCGGCUUUUUUUCCUUUUUUACCCAUCUUUAACACCUUUUUUAACCUCAAUGCAAAGUGGUUCUGGUUUGAUAAAUUCCGAGUUCUUUUUAUUGUUUAUCAAAACGAAGUGCCUCAAUUAAGCUCAUUAAAGCCUUUACUGUAAUUUAGCUCAGUACGGUGUUAUAAUGAAUUUUGUAAUCUCUCGUUAUUUAAAAUCGCCAUCUGAUCUUUUUACAAGAAUUGCUCUAAGUAAUGGAAUAGACAUGCGAAUGACUAUUGAGUGCUACCGUAAC